AUGGAACUCAUCGAUCAUUCAGGCAAGUUCAUAAGCGACAACUAUAAGCAGGCUCUGCAGACCAUACAGGAAGGCGAAUUCGCACUCGCGCAGUGGCGUGCGGCUACUCGCGAUUACUCUGACGCUGAAAUCGAAGGGUGGCGAAUGGAGGAGCUGGAAUAUCUGGAGACCGUCGCUGUCGAGGACGAGAUGGACCUACGAAUAGUCGCUUACGUUGAGGCUCUGCAGCACCUCGACGCCGCACAGCGAGCUGUCGACGAGAUGCGCAAUACAAUCGACGUCUGCCAGUAUCCUGCCGACUCGGGAAGGCUGUCGGUAGAGGCGGAGGCGGAGGUCAGGGCGAGGGAAGCUCAGCGUGCUGCACUUCAGCACAAGUUGAUGGCGUGCAUUGGCGCUGCUAACGAUACCGAGCGGCUUGCAGGAGUGACAGAGCGGUGGAGGCCAGACGAUGAGCGCUAUAUAGCAGCGCUCCGCUACGUGCAGACUCGCGAGUUUGAGCGCGUCAUGAACCGGUUGGAGGGUCUUGUGGUACAGAGACUGGUUGAACUAUCAAAGGCAAACCUAUCGCGUACAGGUUAUAAGCUCCGCAAGCAUAUCGCUCACAAUUUGGCGAAGCGCUCGGAGGCGAUACGAAGCGCACUCGCGAAGUACAACAACAUGGCGCCCAAUCAAGACCCUCCGCGGCCAAGAAUCGAGUAUCGCGAUAUUGUCUCGUACGCAUUCCUCGGAGAGUUUGAGCUGCUGAAGCACUCGAAGCAUAACAUACUGCAACGCCCUUGGAGUAGCCCCAGCAACCGACAGAUGGCCGAUAAGUAUCACAAGGUGAAGCGCGCCAAAGAGGAGCUCAUUCGAAGCCGAGUCGAGGCACGUCGGUUGCGACACUGGGUCGAUCAAGAGGAGGACACAUACAGGACCACCAUAUCCGUUGCUCGCGAGGCUGACCCUUUGCUUGCCGCAGAACUCGCAUGGGCGCUGGCACGCCAGCAUAGGGUCAACAACAUCCAUCGUUCACGCCUUCAAAGGCUCUAUGCCUUACCGACAUUUGGCAUUGGGUACGCCCUCGACGCGCCGAUGUCCUCGACAUCUCAGCCGGCAGCUGUGGGCUCAAGCAGUGGAGCGGGCGAGGGUGCAGCGGCAGAUCAUGUGGACGUAGUCGAGAGUAUUGAUGAGGACGACAGCCUCAACGACGAGGCUCUUCGUUUGGGUGAAUUCAUGGAGCGUAUCCACCUAUAGAGCUGGGUUCAAAUCAUGGGCUUUAGUAUGAUAAACUAUGUCAUCCAUGUUCACUCUCUUUUCCGUUGGUCACAACGAAGUCAAGUCGCGUGUCGGAGGUAGGGGAACCGGGAUCGCGGGCGGGACAAUGGGAUACAAGGCCGGGACGCUGAGGGCUGGAGCGGGACAUGCGCGGGACGCCGGGACAUCCACUGGGACAGCAAAAAUCCGGGAAUAUAUCAUACAACUAUAUUCGAUUGCCUAGGACACCGACCGGGACUUGGGACAGGCGCUGGGACACCGGUACGUGGGUCGGGACAUCCAGCGCGCUCACGAAAGGCGGGGGAGGUGCCCGGGAGCUGGGGCAUGCCCCGGGAUAGGCGCAGACGCAGAAGGGGAGCCUAUUAGCUCGAACAUCCCAGGUCCCACGCCCGAGCUAUGAAGCUACAUAAUGCAGGACGCACAGGUGCUGCAUUCAUGGCUUCGCUCGUACUCUGAUG